AUGCAUCUUAACGAGCAACCUCCGUCAUACGCACAAGCCGCCAACACCCCCCCGCCAGCAUACGUCCACAAGACUGACAACGAUAAUUCAAAUACCGAAUUCAUUGAAACCUCGAGUCACCACCGACUCGAUUUUGACGUCCUUAAUUCCUUUAUGAAUUCUGGUGGUCAUCGUGCCAGCUACAAUGACAACAACCGCAACAACAUGCAGCCAGCCCCCCGACGCUCUGAAUCAUGGUUCGAUCGCAUGUUCCAGGUCAACACUCGAGGGUAUCACACAUUCAGCAAAGUAGAUACUCAAAUGGGGAGCUGGGGUCUGGUCUGCAUCGCAAUCCAGUGUGUUACAGCAGCGGUCCUGCUUUGCGUUUCUGGUGUCGCUAUCAAAUUGUAUCAGAAUCCUUGGAAUCAGUCGCAGGUCAUUGGCGGUGAGACUCUAUCCUAUGCUCUAGCCGGGUCGAUAUUGAGCUGUGUCACGGGAUCGCUUGCUUUAUGUUUCGCUUUCUUCGUCUACCUUAACCCUAUCUGGGGUCUGGUAUUCCACACGAUCCUAACCUUGAUGUACGCAGGCAGCAGCGCAUUGCUUGGAUAUGGCUCUUAUAUCACGCGCAAUAAUAACGUGUGCAUUAAUCAGGACACCGGCACAGAGAUCCACGACUGUUACAAUAUUCGUCUAUCGGCUGGUUGGCGAUGUGGGAUGGUUGUGAUUGCCCUGUGUGCUAUCAAUGUGAUUACACCGUUGAUAUACUCGCUGAAAUGGGUCAUUACAUGGCUGGCCGUCAGAAAUAAGCGGUCGUCGAGGGAUGUCAAUCAAGUCGUCUAA